UUUCAUCGAGAUAUCCAAAUGCGAUCUUCGAAUUCUUGAGACUAGGCUUCACUGGUCAAGCGUGUGUCUUUAUUCAUAUCAUGAUCAUAACAAUUGUGGUCAGUACACGCGUAUAUGCGAAGUGACGGCAACAAUAUAACUUUAUCUUCCACGCUAACCAAACGAAUGAAAAUGGAGCGACUGUGGACGAAAUUUAAACAGUUUUUACCAACUAUGCCGCUUUCUACAGCCCAAAGUUCAUCUGAGCAAAACGUGGAAAGUGUAGACGACAAAGUCAAAUACCAACUCAUUUCGCAUGCCGACGAGGAAGCCACAGACUUGAACGACGAACUUUUCACAUCUCGCCUAAUCGAUGAGAUUCUUGAUGAUAUAGGAUUGAGACUUGAUCAUUGGAAAGUGUUUGUAUUGCUUUGUCUCGUAGAUAUUACAUGUGGCCUGGGGACGACCAUAUUAUCCGCCAUACUUCCUAGUUUGAAAUCAGACUGGAAUAUCUCUGCAAUUACAGCUGGGGCUUUAACACUGUCAAUACCUGUAGGAAUGACUCUAGGAACAAUGGUUUGGGGUUUGAUGUCGGACAUAUACGGUAGAAAGCGUUCAAUAGUUACCAGUGCGACGUUCAUACUUGUUUCCGCAUUGGUGAGCGCGUUUUCAACAAACUAUUACUGGCUUUGGAUAAGCCUUUUCUUUGUCGGCUUCGGAGCGACUAUUUCAUUUCAAACAUAUGUUAUCAUCGCUGAAAUAUUUCCUCCAAGAUACCGUUCUAUGUAUUCAGUAUUAACAGUCGUGUUCUACAAUUUAGGAUAUCUACUUUCGGCUGUUGUUUCAAUGGAGCUUUCGGUGAUCGGUUAUCAUUGGGCUCUGGCUACCGUGUGUUUUCCGAGCGCAAUUGUCCUUAUCGGUAGUAUUGUAUUUCUCCCAGAAUCACCACAUUUUUAUCUUGCAGCAGGAGACGAGCAGAAAGCUUUGAACAUUCUUCAUGAUUUGGCGCCUGAAAUGGAUUUCAGCAACACAAUACUUCGGAAACACGGUCCUGAGAUACAGAGGGCAGAUUUUACACAGCUAUUUCGAUCAGGUUAUUGGAAAAUCACAAUAUGUGCUUGUAUCGUGACGUGUAUCACCUACCUUUCACAUGGUUAUUUCAUCUACACCGCGUCUGACGUGGCGGGCAGUUCAUCCUCUGGUUUAAAAAACGAGGAAUUAUUAAUCCGUCAUAGGUAUACCAUUAUGGUCUGGAUGACCUUGCCAGGUGAUGCUUUGGGUCGUGAUUACGGUGAUGAGUUGGGCCGUAAUUAUGGUGAUGCUUUGGGCCGUAAUUAUGGUGAUGCUUUGGGCCGUGAUGCUUUGGGUCGUGAUUACGGUGAUGAUUUGGGCCGUAAUUAUGGUGAUGCUUUGGGCCGUGAUUAUGGUGAUGAUUUGAGCCGUAAUUACGGUGAUGAUUUGGCCUUGGGCCGUAAUUAUGGUGAUGCUUUGGGCCGUAAUUAUGGCGAUGCUCUGGACCGUAAUUAUGGUGAUGCUUUGGGCCGUGAAUAUGGUGAUGCUUUCGAUCGCAAAUCCUAUGUUGCUUUGUGA